ACCAAAGAAAAGAUAGAAUCGAUUUGUUUGACCUAAAUACCCUCUUUUUGUGCACAACCUCACCACUGGAUUUCCCUUCUCAACCCUCCCAAUCUUCUACCCUUCUCUCUCAAUUCUCAUUCUUCUCCUUACCCUUCUUCCUCUAUUUCCGAUUUUCUCCAAUUCCCCGCCAAUUUUCAUCAACUUCUUUUCAAACUCAUCUUCUUUCUUCCUCAAUUCACAACAACCCCCUUUUUUUAUUCUCCGAUCCGCCCCUCAAUUCCUUCAACCCUCUCUCUACUGUCUUUUUCAUCAUUUUUACUCACCUUUCGUUUUAUCCUUUUUUUUUUUUUACAGAUCAUAAAGCCAUGGUUUGAUACCCUUUGGGAUCAGGAUCUUGCAUCUGUGUCUCAGCCAUAAAACAGUGAUUUGUAUUGCAAGCCGAGCAGCGGCUGUUGUUGUUCAAGCAGCAGUUUAUAUCUUCAAUGGCUAACCACGAUUUGAUACUUGGUCAAAGUCACAAUUUGGAACUUGGUCACGACCAGCAAUCCGUUCUAGGCCAUAAUCAUCAUUUGGGCCUCAACGAAAACCAUGCAUUGGAACUGGGAUCAGACCACGAGCAUCAUUUGGACCUGGGACAAACCCAUGAACAUGAACUGGACUUGGGACAUGUCCAUGACCAUGAGUUGGGGUUAGGAGAGAACCAUGAUCAAGAAGGUGACGAUGGUCAAACUUACGAGCAUGAGCAUGAGCAUGUGCAUGAGCUAGCCAUGGAUCAAAAACCCGAACAUGAUGACCAUGAGUUGCCACUUCCUGGACAAAACCACGAGUUAGUCUUAUCAGAGAACAAUAAUCUAACUGUUUUGGAAAACCAAGGGCUUGAUGGGAACAUGGACCUGGCUGUGGUUCAGACCCCAGAUAUGGGCAUGGAUUCUGACAAUGAUAUGGGUGUUGAACACUCACAGUUUAUGAUUUCUUCUGAACCCCAUGUAAUUCAGGCUCGUACAGUUGCUGUAAGUCCGAGUUAUGAAUUGUCAGUGGGCCAAGAAUUUCCUGAUGUCAAGAGUUGUCGAAGGGCUUUGAGGGAUACAGCAAUUGCUCUGCACUUUGAGAUGCAGACUAUAAAAUCUGACAAGACCCGAUUUACUGCUAAAUGUGCUAGUGAAGGAUGUCCCUGGCGCAUUCAUGCAGCAAAGCUCCCCGGGGUUCCAACUUUUACUAUCAGGACUAUUCAUGAGAGCCAUACAUGUGGAGGAAUUUCACAUCUUGGUCAUCAGCAAGCUUCAGUUCAGUGGGUUGCUAACUCUGUUGAGCAGAGGCUGAAGGAGAACCCUAAUUGCAAGCCAAAGGAGAUAUUGGAAGAGAUUCAUAUGGUCCAUGGCAUCACCUUAUCAUACAAGCAAGCAUGGAGAGGCAAGGAGCGUAUCAUGGCUGCAAUGCGUGGAUCUUUCGAAGAAGGGUACCGCUUGCUUCCACAAUACUGUGCCCAGGUGAAACGCACAAAUCCUGGCAGUAUUGCAGCUGUUUAUGGAAAUCCAACUGAUAAUUCCUUCCAACGUCUCUUCAUUUCUUUUCAAGCAUCUAUUUAUGGCUUUUUAAAUGCAUGUCGGCCACUCUUGGGGCUUGAUAGAACAUAUUUGAAGAGUAAGUAUCUUGGUACGUUACUUCUUGCUACUGGAUUUGAUGGUGACGGGGCUCUCUUUCCUCUUGCAUUUGGUGUUGUUGAUGAGGAGAAUGACGAUAAUUGGAUGUGGUUUCUGUCUGAACUUCAUAACCUGCUUGAGAUUAAUACUGAAAACAUGCCAAGACUUACUAUUUUGUCUGAUAGACAGAAAGGAAUUGUGGAUGGUGUCGAAGCAAAUUUUCCUACUGCUUUUCAUGGAUUUUGUAUGCGGCACUUGAGUGACAGCUUUCGUAAGGAAUUUAACAACACCAUGCUGGUCAAUCUUCUGUGGGAAGCAGCCAAUGCUCUGACUAUAAUUGAAUUCGAAGCAAAAAUUUUGGAAAUCGAAGAGAUAUCACAAGAUGCUGCAUAUUGGAUUCAAAGAAUUCCUCCUCGUUUGUGGGCUACUGCUUAUUUCGAGGGGCAAAGAUUUGGUCAUUUGACAGCCAACAUAAUUGAAGCUUUAAACAUUUGGAUAUCAGAGGCAUCUGGGCUUCCAAUAAUUCAAAUGAUGGAAUGCAUUAGAAGGCAGCUAAUGACUUGGUUCAAUGAGCGUCGAGAGACCAGUAUGCAGUGGACAUCCAUACUUGUUCCUUCUGCUGAGAGAAGUGUUGCUGAGGCUUUAGAACGUGCACGCACUUAUCAGGUUCUUCGUGCCAACGAAGCUGAGUUUGAAGUUAUAUCUCACGAGGGAACUAAUAUAGUUGAUAUAAGGAAUCGGUGUUGUCUUUGUCGUGGUUGGCAGCUUUAUGGUUUGCCAUGUGCACACGCUGUGGCAGCACUUCUCUCCUGCAGGCAGAAUGUGCAUAGAUUCACAGAAAGCUGUUUCACUGUUGCAACUUAUCGCAAGACAUACUCACAAACCAUACAUCCAAUUCCUGAUAAAUCUCUCUGGAAGGAGUUGUCUGAGGGAGAUGUCAAUGUUAGCCAAGCUCUUGAAAUUAUUAUUAACCCACCGAAAUCACUUAGGCCACCUGGACGACCAAGAAAGAAGAGAGUUCGUGCAGAAGACCGCGGGCGUGUUAAGCGGGUGGUGCAUUGUAGUCGUUGCAAUCAAACAGGUCAUUUUAGAACAACAUGUGCUGCUCCCAUAUAGUUAUGUUAUGUUUUCUCUCUGCCAAAGGCUUCAUUUGCUGUUUAUUUUUAUUUUUAUUUUUAGGCUUCAUAGGCUCAUAGAUUAGAAUUGCAAUUAAAUGAUGUUAUUUAUUCGAUAUUCAUGUGAAUUAAUUUUUAGCAGAUAUUCUCUAUUUAUAAAUAUACUCCAAUGAUCAGCUUUGGUCAAUGAUGCAUAUUUACUAAUGGAAUUAUUUUUUUUGUUUCUCAA